CACAGAACGACAUCUGCCUCAACAGGAUUGCCACCAUUCAAGCAAACAAAAUCAAGCCAUGCGCCCUGAUAACAUGUCAUUCUUCUGGAUCGCACCCAACGGCGACUUCAGCGAUGCGUCAGCCAACGUGGUCGACGUCCAGUACAAUGGCAGCACCAUCACAAUCUACUAUCGUCAACAAAAGACCGGGACAUCCAGCGGCGCUGAUCAUAUGGCAGAGCUAUACACAGUCCUCGACUGCAACACCCUGUCCAAGCAGAGCAGCGACAUCUUGAGCGAAGACGACGUGAUGAUAGCCUGGGAUUCAGAAUAUGCAAAUGCAAAUGUCACUGCGCAGGCCCCGGAACAGUCAUCAACGCAGGAUUUUACAGAAGCGCCGCCGCUACAGGCUGACAUAAAAGCUGCGGUCGAUAUGAUCUUCAGGGAAUGUGAUGGUGAUACUCGCUGGCUGGGUGGGCAGCUUGUUGUGCGGUCUGCCAAGGUCAAGCACAGCGCGAGGCUUACGCCCAACCAGAGUUCAUCGGGCCAAAACUGUUCAGGUUUCGUCUUCGGCCCCAGGCACGCUGUAGAGACUCUGGUUGCAGCGAUAAAUAGAAUCGCCGCGUUGAGGCGGACACAUCCUAACGCUCUUGCCCUCAAGAACACGGAAAUGCUGGUCACCAUCUCGAACUGGAGCCUCGGCGAAUUUCAGCCCGUCUUCUCCGACAUCCUCCCUCAGUCCACAGGUAUCGUGGAUGCGAGACCGCCUGUCGUCACAGUGAUCAUCCCGACCGCGAAUAAGCAAAAGGUCGCCACGAUCAAGUCAUACUUCAGCAAACACAUCCCUGCAUCUACUUUGGUGUACUUCGACAUUGUCCCCGUGCAGUCCGAUGUCAGCGAGCAGCCAUACAACGGCGCCGGCAGUGGUGGCGCGCUGAACCGGAUUCGCAACGCAGUCAUGCAUGUAGCACAAAGCCCGGAACUCAUGGAGCUCUAUCACGAGAGAAACGCACAAGCCAUCUAUGUCGCCGCGAUUGAGAGCUUCAUCCAGACCAAGGACAUCGAUCGGCCCGCGGACUUUGGCGUUGUUGCAUUGUGCAACGUGCUCCAAAACUCAUACACGGGCUGUGCGUCAAGAGGUGUCACGAUCGAUCCAGUGUUCGUGGAGGCUGCCCGGCAGUACGGUUUUGACAUGGGCAACGAGGACUACGGCGCUGUGACCGUCGGAACCGUCCUUGCGUCUAGAUUUCCCUCCAUAGACAAGGCGAACUGGCAUGAGGUCGUGGCCGGUGUGUCAAGGUAUGACCUGCUGACCGAGGCCAUUGAGUCUCUGUCUCUACCCUGAGCACAGUCCAAUUUAGCUACAACACAAGUCAGAGAGAUACAGGUUGUUCGGUUGAUGUAAUCCAAGCCUGCUGUCCACAAACUUCAGUAUAAUGCCUGAGGAACGUUCGUGUGAACAGUUAAAGGGCUAGUAGGCGGUAUGUAACCGUCCUGGAUAGGUGGCCUUGGGCAGGCAGGACGACCCAAUGAGAGCAGGAACGGGCAGCUCUGUAUGAAGAGAUCAGUGCAGGAUUGAUCUUCUGGGCAUGUAGCAAACAAUAGACUGCAGCGCCAACGACAGC